AUGACUGUAAAAUGUACCACAUAUUCAAAUUUAGAGCCUGCCCUACGCAACCCAGCCAACAUCUCCCUAAGCACACCGUCAACUUACUCUUCCGCAUCAUCAUCCAAUCUUGGGUCUACACAAACAACGCAGGGCAUUAAAGGACCAACAGCGGAGCGCCAACGAAAAUAUCCCGCCCUAAUUCUAACAGAAGAAGAAAAGAGGCUAUGCAAAAAAGAGUCGAUUCUUCUGCCGGAAUUUUAUCCAUUAACGAAAGCUGAAGAGCGUGAUUUAAAGAGGAUUCGGCGAAAGAUUCGUAACAAGCGAAGUGCUCAAACUAGCCGAAAACGCAAACAGGUACUUGGACUGUAUACGUAUAACUUGAAAGUGAAGGGUUACAUGGGCAAAGUCUUGAAAAAAAUGUAA